AUGUUUGUUAGGAAGCUUGUGGAGAAGGCUUCCAAGAAGCCUGGAGGAAGUUCUGAUGGUCUGAAAGGUGGUGAUAUAGACCCGCGAGUAGUAUUCCACAAUGGAGUACCAUCAGGAUCUAACACACUGGCUUAUGACUCCAUCCAAAAAAUACUUGCAGUUUCAACCAAGGAUGGCCGGAUUAAGUUAUUAGGUAGAGAUAAUACUCAAGCGCUACUUGAGUCUGUCAAUGCAUUACCAAGCAAGUUCCUACAGUUCGUGGAGAACCAAGGCAUACUUCUAAAUGUAAAUGCCAAGAACCACAUUGAGGUUUGGGACUUGGAAAACAACCAGUUGGCUCAUGUACAUGCUUUUCACGAAAAUAUUACGUCCUUCGCGCUCAUGCAACAGAGUCUCUGCAUGUAUGUUGGAGAUUCUGUUGGGAAUGUUUCAGUUUUGAAGCUUGAGCAAGAAUCAUGUCAUAUAUUACAAAUGAAAUACACUAUACCUUAUUCAGCUUCUCAUGGGAAUCCAACUGAAGUUACAGGCGACACUGCUGUGAUGUGCAUAAUGCCUCAGCCAACAUGUGAAAGUAGAAGGGUUCUUGUAGUAUUUUUAGACGGUCUAAUAGCGUUAUGGGACAUUAGAGAAAGUAAAUCCAUAUUCACAGCUGGUGUAAAUACAUUGCAAUCACUCCAGCAUGAAACAAGGAAAGUCACUUCUGCAUGCUGGGCAUGUCCUUCUGGGACUAAAGUUGUUGUUGGGUACAACAAUGGAGAGAUUUUCAUCUGGAGCAUUCCUAUGAACCAAAAUCCAUCAGAAUGCAGCACGCAAAGCAGUCCAAUAUGUAAACUCAAUCUUGGAUAUAAGUUGGACAAAAUUCCUAUAGCAUCACUGAGAUGGGUUUAUGCAGAAGGGAAGGCAAGUCGAAUAUAUGUUAUGGGAGCGUCUGACAUCGUUUCGUCAAACUUGUUGCAGGUAAUCCUGUUGAACGAGCAUACUGAAGGCCGCACUAUUAGAUUAGGACUUCAGCUGCCUGAGCCUUGUAUCGAUAUGGAGAUUAUUUCUUCAACCUUUAGUGAGCAAAGCAAACAUAAACAAGAUUGUUUUCUUGUGCUUGGUAGUUCAGGACAUCUUUAUGCCUAUGAUGAUUGCUCGAUUGAAAAGUAUCUUCUACAAAGCCAAUCUAAGUCACCACCCUCGUUGCCGAAGGAAGUCAUGGUGAAGAUGCCAUUUGUUGAUACCAGCAUUACUGUAUCAAAACUAAUCACAGAUGAUACCAACAUGUCAACUUCUACAGACGAGGAAUACCUUCUCCUGGCCAAAAGCAUUCCAUCUCUCCUUUCUUUUGAGGCAAAACCAAAAGAUGGAAGUCACUUGAAUGCAGCCCGCUUUAGUGGCUUUUCGAAAGUUAAAAAUCUGUACAUAACUGGACAUAGUGACGGAAGCAUAAAUUUUUGGGAUUUGUCGUCCCCACUUUUAGUUCCCAUUUUAUCAUUGAAGCAGCAGAGUGAAGAAGAUCUAUCUUUAAGUGGUAUAGCACUCACAGCUUUGUUUUUUGAUGGGAACUCUCGACUUCUUGUUUCUGGAGAUCAGAGUGGAACGGUUCGGAUCUUUAGAUUUAAACCUGAACCGUAUGUGAUAUCCAGCAGUUUCUUGUCUCUUCAAGGAAGUACAAAGAAAGGAAACGAUCAUAUUGUUCAAAGUGUUAGAUUAAUGAAGGUUAAUGGUUCUGUACUUUCUCUGAACGUAAACCACAGCUCAGGACAUCUUGCUGUGGGUUCUAGUAAAGGAAACGUUUCAGUUAUUAAUAUAGAAGGGCCCACUUUAUUAUAUCAAAGCCACAUUGCGAGUGAAAUUUCUACAGGCAUCAUCUCUCUGCAGUUCGAAACCUGCAGUUUUCAUGGUUUCGACAAGAAUGUCUUAGCUGUUGCAACAGAGGACUCAUCUGUUUUGGCUCUUGAUAGUGAUAAUGGAAACACAUUGAGCACUAGUCUGGUUCAUCCCAAGAAACCCACUAGAGCACUUUUUAUGCAGAUCUUGGACACCAGGAAAGGCAGUAGUGUUGAGAAUGCCAUGCAAAAGCAGUCUUCGCUAUUGCUAUGUUCUGAAAAAGCGGCAUACAUAUAUUCUUUCACACAUGUUAUGCAGGGUGUUAAGAAGGUAAUACACAAGAAGAAAUUCCAAUCCUCUUGUUGCUGGGCAUCAACAUUCUACACCUCCUCUUAUGUUGGCCUUAUACUUGUUUUUACUACUGGAAAAAUUGAGAUAAGGUCCUUGCAUGACUUGUCUUUGACAACGGAGACUGCAGUAAGGGGAUUCAUGUAUACCACAUCAAAACCAAAUUCACAUGCUGGCAAUUCGAUAUGCUCUUCAUCUGAGGGAGAUCUUGUUAUGGUGAACAGUGAUCAGGAAAUCUUUCUCUUCUCUCUUUCACUCCAGAAGCAAAGCUUUAGGCUUUUAGACUCUUUCAACUUGACGUACCAGAAAGAUCUGAUGGUUUCACAAGAAGAGCUUACAUCAGGACGCGUCAUUCAAAAGGAAAAGAAAAAGGGUAUGUUUAGUUCUGUUCUUAAAGAUAUUGUGGGAAGUAAAGGGAAGAAUGUCCCUGAGAUGGAACAUGAAGAUACUAAAGAAAGUAUUGAAGAACUUUCAACAAUCUUUUCGACUGCUAAUUUCCAAUUUGAUGCGGAGCACACAGACAACCAGGCCAUGAUUGAAGACGAUGAUCAGUUAGACAUAGAUGAUAUCGAGAUUGACAUUCCUGGAGAGAAACCGAAAGAGCAGAAUAUGUUGGGAGCACUUAAUAAGGAAAAAUUGGCAAGCAAGUUUAUGGCCUUUAAAGGUAAAGUAAUGAAACAAAUGAAGACUAAGAGUGAGAAGAACCCCCCAAAGGAAGAACCACAGGAUGAGAAGGUUGGCUCUGUUGAUGAAAUCAAGAGGAGAUACGGAUUUUCGUCUGCUGAAACAAAUGUAGCUAAAAUAGCACAAAGUAAGCUCCAGGAGAAUAUAAGUAAGUUACAGGGGAUAAAUCUGAGAACUACAGAGAUGCAAGACACAGCUAAAUCAUUUUCAUCCUUGGCAAACCAAGUGUUACGAACUGAACAGGACAGACGAGCCUCUUAAUCACCACAAAAGUAUCGUUUGGCUUUCAAAUUAUACAAGUCUUAUUGAUUUCAUUUGUUUUUCUGGUAUGAUUCUUUUGCAUAUAGUGAAUGUACAACAUUGGAAAGAAUUGCUCACAGAACUGAUAUAUAUUCAAAUUUUCAGAUCAAAAUGGUUUAUACAAUGUUCUUGUUUUUCUGGUAUGAUUCUUUUGCAUAUAGUGAAUGUACAACAUUGGAAAG